GCUGACUGCAUGGGUCGUUUCGCCCACCUCAACGAGAUCACGCGACCUCAAUUCCUCAUUACAUACUAGUAGCUGCGUCUCGCAUCUCGUCUCCAGCUUGAGCAUUUUACUAUAUCCCAUAACCUCAAUCCUUCACAUCAUCCUCAACAUCUCAUUGACUCUAACAUGGAUUCACGAGACAAGUUGGCGCGGGAUGCACUCAAGUCCCAGUUCAUGCGUCGUGUUUACCUCGAGCGACCGGAUCAUGACGACUCGCAAGGCUGUAAUGCCGGCUCCCUGUUGCACGACAUCGUUGAUGUUGCCGACGAUUCAUAUCCGCGACAAUUUCAUUACUCGCGCGAGACCUACGUAUACAUUUACGUACUCAAGCUCAGGUCAGACGGGAGCGAAGUGCUCUGCAAGGUGGCUGCAGCAUCACUCACGGGAGAGAAGCGCCUAGUCCAAGAAGCUCGGAUGUACGAAUCCCCGAACACGGCGUCACUCCAGGGCACUGUGAUGCCCAAAUACCACGGCCUCUUUCAAGGGGAUGUGAACAGCUUCUUCAAGGUGACGUGCAUGAUACUGGAACACUGCGGGAAGCCCUUGUCUCGACCACUUAUACACGAAGAUUUCGCAUUCAGAGAUGCAGUAUUGAAUGCGUACAGCCAACUACACACGGCGCCAGCCAUGCUCGUCAAGGGCGAUGCCUCGGAGUACAAAUACGAAGAUAUUGUCCGCAGGGGGAAUGGCCAGCCGUGCCUGGUUGAUUAUGGGUCUUCACGACCGCACAGGGGCGAUUGUGAUCAACCCAGAUUCGACUUCAAAAGUUUCACGCCGAUUCCAGGCACAGACCUGUCCUGUGGAGAGAUACUCGAAGUCUCUAAAGCUGCUGGGGCAUUAAUGGAUAAUUCUUUCGAAAUCAAAGGUAUUGGGCCUAUGCACUAUCAUCCGAAGAAAACGAUCGCGGAUUAUUGGAGAUCGGCCCGUAGCGAGAUGAUGGCGCGAGGGUAUAACGAAACGGGCGGGCACGAAGUGAUACAGAAACACCUCGAAGAAUACAAGAACUACCUCAAGGACAUGGAGGCUCUUGGAAAGCCGGGGAAUGAUGAGUGAAAUGAGACCGCGAUCUAUGUGCGCCGUACACGCAUUACGCAUCAGUGAUACUUAGUAGAACGAACCGGAGUGAAUCGCGUUGAGUACGCACGCUGUACAAAUAUGACUGAGUCUGUUGCUUCGCAUGACCUCGGCCAGCCUGAGUGCCCUCAGGCCGGGAAUUAGAGAUCGCGUAUGCGCUUCGAGGGGCAUGAGAAGCAUUCGAUACAGAACCAAUCCGAGUGGGACACAAGUAUAAGGCGUUAGACUUGAGCGGCCGAGCGUAUAGUACGAACUGCCACACUAGUCUGCAUUUACUAACCGCAACAGGACGAAGCUUACACUGGCAGUAGAACGUUCACUGUUCUCUGCCUCUCAGCGAGCUCUAUCACGUGCGUGUGGCCCGACGCGUGGGCAACGCGGCUGAGGCUCCCUCAUCCAUCCUCCUCAU